AUGUCACUAGGAAGUCUUGCAUUAAUAUACGUAUUUGGAGGACUUACGUUCUUCCCAUUUUUAGGAGCAAUAAUACUUAUAAUAAUCUUUCCACCUUGGACUUGGAAAUUACAAAAGAACGAGACGAUAAAAUUUGAUGACAUAUCACCAAAAGAUCUUCACAAGCUUACUUCCAUCAACGCCAAUAGUGACUCUCACAAUGAUUCGCCUUAUCACAAAUUUGGAUGGUUAAGGGUAUCAAGAGAAUAUGAUCUAAUUAAUUCUAAUAACGGGAUAAACACGCUUGGUAAUAUGGUGAAAGGAAUAGCAUCAUUAAUAGAUCCAAGUAAUAGUAAUAAAAAUCAAAUUAAACGAACAAAAGACGCAUUCUUUGCGGUACUAAAAUACAAUACAUUAUUCGUGUAUGAUAGUGAAAGACAAUUAGAUUGUAAAGGAAUUAUAAUAGUGUCAAAUCAUGAUGUAACAAUAUUUCCAGAACAAUUACCAGAUAAUGAAAUAUAUACUAAAGUUAAUUCUAUAAGGUUAACAAAAAAACCAUCUGUUUGUGCGGAUAUGGCCUUAAAUUUAGAGAAAAGUAAUACCGAUUAUUAUUUAUUUUGUGAUGUUGGAGUUGAAAAAGAAGAUUGGUACUUUGCGUUACAGAGAUCUUCAAAGUUAGAAUCAAACGCAUCCGUUCUAAUUAAUAAUAUUUCACAACAAAAUGUUAAUAAUAAUUCUAAUGGUAAACAAAUUAAUAGAGAUAAAUCAUUAUUUGAUCCUUUCGCGAUGAAUCAUUUAUUGAAGACACUUUAUUCAAACGAAGAUCAUAAGCAAUCUCAAUGGUUAAAUGCGAUAUUUGGUAGGAUAUUCUUAUCGGUAUAUAAAACGCAAGCGAUCAAAGAUUACUUUAUACGUAAAUUGAUAAGAAAAAUAAAAAAAGUGAAAAAACCUGGAUUUUUAUCUGACAUACAAAUAAGGUCGGUGGAUGUAGGAGAUGGUAUUCCAUAUAUAACGAACCCGAGAUUAGUUGAUUUAUCUCAAAAUGGUGAAUUAAAUGUAGAUAUAAAUUUAAAUUAUACUGGAGGCUUUCGCGUUGAAAUUGAAACCGAAGCGAUUAUAGAAACGAGAUUAAAAACCAUUAAAGUACCUUUAGUUUUGGCCGUGGUGCUUCGAGGUCUACAAGGGAAGAUGUUAUUGCGUAUAAAAUCCCCCCCUACUAAUAGACUUUGGAUGGGAUUUUAUGAGAUGCCAAAAUUAGAUCUCUUAAUUGAACCUAUCGUAUCUGAAACUCAAUUAAAAUUUUCUCUCAUUAUUAAUACUAUCGAAUCAAAAAUUCAUGAAAUGAUUAUGGACUCUUUGGUUUUACCUAAUAUGGAUGAUAGUCCUUUCUUCAAUAGUUUUGGUAUGGGUGGAAUUUAUGAGGAUAUUGAAAAGGCGUUACCUAAAGCCGAAGAAGAUGAGGUAGAAAGUGUCACAGCAGAUAUUUUGCCAUCAUCGAAAAAGGAAGAUUCACCUUCAAGCAUUCACUCUGCUCCUGGAAAAUUAGAAUCAACAAAAUCAGAUUCUAUCAAAGGAGAACUUAAUAAAGUGGAAGCCACUGCUAAUAUGGCUGAACCCAUCACAGAAAACAAUAAUACUUGGACAUCAAGAGCAACAAGAAUAAAUAAAAGGCUGUCUGCACUACAUGAAUCUCUAUCUGACCCUAAUUUAUUAAAAAAUACUUCGAGGUUUCGUUCUAUAGCUUCAGCUUCAAAAAAUUUUAUUAAGCAACGUACUGAAGAUGAUUCUUCUACAUCUACCAACACAAAAGAGAUCGUAAAGGAAUCUAAUGAUGAGAAUCUAAAUAAUAAAGACCCUGUAGAGUCUACAUCGUCUUCAACGACAAACAAUUCUAGUACUGUACAAUCUUCUACGUCAGCUUUUCGAAGGUGGUCUCAAUCUGUUGGUAUUCGUCGUAGGACUAGUAUCCUGACAAGUAACACUACUGGCAACAGCAGCAACAAUAAUAAUGCCACAUCCGACAACACCACCUCAAAUAACGCCUCAAAUAAUAAUGAAAAUGAUGCACAAAGUUCAAAUAAUUCUACUGAACCUAUUCCCAUCACAAUGUCGGCUGAUUCAUCAACUUCAAGAACUUUAAUUGAAAAUUCUGCUCCAUUAAGUUCUUCUCCAUUGAGCACUUCGCCAAAUGAUGUGUCACUUCUAAUAAGUACAACUACAUCAACGACGCCAACUCCUCCUCCUUCACCAAAAUCACCAAAAACACCGACCGAUAUACAUUCUUUACAUUCACUUAAUUUAUCAUCAUAUUCUCCAAUUAAUAAUAUCACUUCAUACAACCGAGAAUUAUUUUCAGAAAAUGAAUUAUUACAAGAUAAUGAAUUUUUCUCUGAUGUAUCUUCAUCUAUACUUAACACACCUGUAGAAGAAUUAAAUCGUGUAUUAGGUUAG